UUUGAAGAAAAGUUAAAAAUUAUUGAAGUGAUUGCUAAAAGCUUCCGUGAUUACAAGAUGAGUUACAUUCCUCCGGAUGUGAUUGAAACCGCACGUCCUUAUUUCGAUUCCCUGGAGGCAGUAAAUAAGAAUAAGAGAAGAAAAACUGCAGAGACUGAUGUCUACCACACAUCCACGUGCGCCGUAAAUACAAAUCGUAUUUACAUUGAAAAAGUACACUCCAUGCACACCAACCGCUCGAAUACGGAGAUCACCGUGACUGUGCUUUAUAGAAAUGUGAACAACUACUUGGGAAGUAAUCAGAGCGUGGUGGUCAAGCAGCCAGCAGCUUCCUCAAAUGACUCGCCACGAAAAAGGCUCCUUAGCACUAAGAGUACGCAGCGUAUAUUACGUAGAAGCCGAUUAAACGCUUUAAAUAAUGCAUUUAGGAACACAGAAAUGAGCAAAAAGCGUCAUACAGUAAAGAAUCAUUCAACUAGACAACAGCCAAAUCAAAAGGAACUGCAGAAGGAGUCGGCAAUUAAUACCCAAAUCGAUCAAAUUGAUCAGAUAACACAGUCAGAAGAUUAUAAAAUUGCUGAAGCCUACGAUUCUGGGGUGCAAGUCGACGCACAAAAACUUCACUUUACUGAAAGCGAUGGUCAGCUUUCCAACAGAAUUCGUACCAAUAGUGGGCCUCUGCCCGAAUCGUGUUUUACUAUUUCAUAUGGAGCAGCCCCAGAGGCUACCGCCAAGCGGUUAAACCAGCAGUUGUUAGAAAAGCAACGCCUUAUAGAACAAAUAACGCAAAGAAGCCAACGGGAAAAGGGGAAGAAAUCGAACGGAAACCGUGGUCAGCUGCAGAAACAACCGCAUUUACAACUACUUGUACAACAACUAAAACUACAGCAACAUUUAAGCCUGCAGCAGAGACAACAGCAACUUGAGAGACAGCAACGACAUCAGGAAUGGAAUGGACAGGAGCAGAGAGCAGAAAGAAGGCGGCAGCAAGUCAAGCACCUGCAGGCCGAGCUGCAGGCAAUCAAGCAGCAGCUCCAAGCUUUGGAAGAUCAAGCCAAAUACGACCCACCACUGAUCGAGCGGAAGCAACAAGACCAUGGACGUGUGCGCCCGUCUCAAGGGCCAGAGCAGCCUCGAUGUUUCCCAUCGACCAAGGUACGCGAGAGUGUCACUCGCAUAAAAGGGCAAUUGAAUGACGUCUUGUUCCUCAGCCGCACACUUUUGUGGGUAUUGCUCUGCGUUACGAUUCGCUCGAUGUUCAAACUAUAUCAUCGCGCUACCCAUCUGCCCGACCUAGUCCAGGCACUUAUUUGGCUUGCGGUACUUGGUGCAAGUAUUGCUUUAGGGAUUAGCAAAAAUAUGGGCGAAUAUUUGGAGGAGUUGUAUCGAAACCCAACGCGCCUCUUCACUCCACAACAAAACAAAAUCUCAAAGCCGUGGUAUCAUUUCACGUGAAACGGACUCUACAAAAUAUUCCGCGUCUUUUUCGAAAUACAAGUACAUAGAUCGCACAGAUCGCUAUUUUCGGACUCGAGCAUUCAGAGUUAUGUAUUUUAGCUAACAAUAAUUUAUACGCAUACACACUACUUGUAUAUGUACUCGCAAAUACAUUCG